AUGUUUGUCAAUAAUACAAGAUAUUUACUACAGUCAUCGUCUACCGCUUCACCAUCAGCAAUACCCAGUAAAGAUUCAAGCCAUGGUAUAUUUUCCAUAAGUCAAGAGUACACCGGGUUAGUAAUAUUUUUUGCAUUGUGUUGUUUAUUUGUUCUAUUGGCAAUAUUCUACUUCCAAGAGAAUAGUAAUAAUCCAUUAAUGCUAUCGACCACGUACCAAGAAUUAAAACAGGAGUACAAUUCCAACCAUAAUAACGAUAACGAAAGUAAUGAUAACCACAGAUGA